AUGGCACAUACAUUUGACAUCUCACCUGAGAAACGGGCCAGUCGCAUCAACUUCAUUUGGCGGCAGCUCUUUGUCACACCACCACCCGUCUCAUCCGAUGAACUCAACUUGGCAGGGAGAACAGCACUUGUUACUGGCGCUACUGGGGGAAUAGGCCUCGAGAUAACUCGCCAGCUACUAGGUCUUGGAUGCAAGGUCAUCAUGGGUGUUCGAGAUGAACGCAGAGGAGAGUCAGUACGUCAGAAUCUCAUCCAGGAAGGCAACCUAGACGAUGACAUGGCGCAGGUUUGGAAGCUAGACCUUUCCUCUUACCAGUCGAUCAUUGCUUUUGCCGCCAACGCGAAGAGCCUUGACAGUCUCAAUAUUGCCAUUCUCAACGCAGGUAUCUACAAAGUAUCGGAGGCAUUCAGCUCGACAGGGUAUGAAGAAGGGAUUCAAAUCAACUACCUUUCAAACAUUCUUCUGCUCAUUUCACUGCUACCAAUUAUCAAGAAGAAUGCUCCUGCAGGUGAGACCGGUCACAUCUGCCUUGUGUCCUCCGACACAGCCGCCUGGGCUAAAUUCAAGGAGAGAACAUCGGCAACUCUCCUGACCGCAUUCAAAAAACCUAUGAAAACAUGGGACAUGGGAGAGCGGUAUGGGACGACAAAACUCCUGGGCCAGCUAUUCCUCACCGCCUUGUCGAAACGCGUUUCUUCAGUUACACUGUCCUGCGCGAACCCAGGGCUUUGCGGGGGUAGUUCAGACCUUGCUCGUGAAGCAACAGGCAUACUUCGGCUUGCGCACAAGAUGCAGUGUCUUGUGCUGAGUCGAACAUGUGCUGUUGGUGCUCGUACAAUCGUGCACUCGGUUACUACGCUACAUAGGCACGCACAUGGUCACUACGUCGAGGGUGAUAAGAUACAGCCCAUGGCACCUAUUGUGUAUCAAAAUGAGGGGAAAGAACUUGCUGAGCGACUAUAUGCAGAGACCCUGGAGGAGCUGUCGUUUGCUGGGACCGAGAGGCAUAUUCACUGUGGCCAGACAGAGUACUUCCAAGUUGAGAGCGGAACCCUGGCUGUCAUCAAGAAUGGAAAGAAAAGUGUUCUUACCAAGGAUGGUGGCAUCAUCAAGAUCCCUCCCGGAACCCGUCAUAGAUUCUGGGCCGAAGCCCCCGUAACCGCGGAUCUGGUGUUCCGAGUAUGGGCAGAGCCACAGAACCUGGAUAGAGGUUUUGAUGAGGCCUUCCUGCGUAACUAUCUGGGCUACCUGCGAGAUUGCGAAGAUCAAAACAUACAGCCUUCGGUAUUUCAACUUGCCCUGCUUGGUUGGAACGGCGACACCCUCCUGUCGCCGCCAUGUGGGGAGGCUUUUCCUCAGAUACCAAUCAAGCUAUGA